AUGAAUGCUCUUAUGGCCUGUUUUUCUUGUGCGGGAGCACGCAAGAGGGCCGAUACCAUGUCUGAAAAGCAGGCGCUUAUCCCCAACAUGAACGCACAGCUUGGAGACUCGGAUGCCGAAAACGAGAAGCUUCUUCAAACAAUCCUCGCAGAAGCCCGUUCAGCCGAUUCCUUUGACGCCGCCUUCCAUUCUCGCAUCGCAGACCACUUGAACGAACCCGGCGUUCACGCACUCUCCAGCGGCUGGAAGGAGCGUUUCGCUGAAUCCAUCCUACGAGGAGUUGAGUCCAUCAUCGAGGCCGAGCACAAGAUGGGCAUUGCCAUGGGCCAUGCCUACAACAGGUCUCACAGCAGCUACAGAGUCUUUGAAAAGGAACAUCCCGUCUUGGGCGGCAUAGUCAAGACUGCAUUCGCCAUCAUCGCAAUUGGCAUCCUCGCCGAGAUGCUGCCCUGGGUUCUGGAGUGGCUCGGCUUCAGGCUCCUCGCCUCUGCUGGGUUCUCAGAGGUUGGACCAGUCAUGGGGUCUUUCGCCGCUAGUUGGAUGUCGAUGAUUGCCAAGAGGUGCGGCAACGUCCCCGCACGCUCCAUGUACUCGCACCUGCAGCGCAUGGCGCGAACUCCGAGAAUCCUCCCCAUGCCAACUCUUCCAAGGUCCGAAGACGCAGUGGAGUUGUCACAGCUACCCCGCCUUCGAUAUCCUGGCUCGAGCUCUCACUGCCAAGAAGAUCAUCUUCUUCGAAAAAAAAAAAAAAAAAUCACUAUGCCGCUGCCAACAUCUUCCGUGUUCGCGCCGCCAUCCGCGGAUGUGUUCAAGUUCGCCUCGCGCCGCAGUGUCGUGCACUCCACGCAAGGCGUCGUGGCUUGUACGCAGCCCCUUGCAGCACAAUGCGGUCUCGAUGUUCUUCGGAAGGGCGGAAACGCGGCUGUGACUGCCGGCAUGAACGUCACGGAGCCAUGCUCAACCGGGAUCGGAGGUGACAUGUUCAUCCUCUACUACGAUGCCGAGAAGAAGACGGUGUCUGCCAUGAACGGCUCUGGUCGUUCGGGGAACAAGUGCACCUUGUCCACGGUCCGCCAGUCACUCGGCAUCAAAGAUGGCGAGUCGGGCAAGAUCCCCAUGGGGAGUGUGCACGCAGUCACCGUGCCUGGUGCCGCGGCCGGUUGGGUCGACACCGUCGAGCGCUUUGGCAACGGGAAACUGAGCCUCAAGGAGAUCCUGGCGCCAGCCAUCAAAAUGGCUGAGGACGGUUUCCCCGUAUCGGAGACGACGGCCUACGCGUGGGGCGUGCAAGAGCGCUUGCUGCGCAAAGCGUCUCCCAACUUUGCUGAAAUGCUCAAGAAGGACCCCUCGGUGGAGGAAGGCUUCCGAGCCCCGAGGGCGGGUGACAUCAAGAAGAACCCAGAUAUGGCCAGAACCUUUCGCGCACUGGCCGACGAGGGCAAGAAGGGCUUCUACACAGGGCGAGUCGCUGAGGAGCUGAUCAAGGUUGUCAAAGACCUUGGCGGACAUCUCGAGCUAGAAGACUUACAACACCACAUGGAGGCAGGUAGCGAACCCGUGGACCCAAUCUCUCUCAAGUUCAACGGACAAGGCCUUGGGGACAAGGGCAUCGAGCUGUGGGAGCAUCCCCCCAACGGCCAGGGGAUCGUGGCGCUGAUGGCGCUCGGUAUCAUCCAGGAGCUCGAGAAACAGGGCAAGAUUCCCACAUUCAAGCCAGAAGACUUCAAUUCGCCGCAGUGGUUGCACGCCAUCAUCGAGGCUCUGCGCCUGGGCUUCACCGACGCAAGCUGGUACGUCACCGACCCCAACGUGAAGAACGUUCCCGUCAAGGGUCUCCUGGAUCCAGAAUAUCUCGCCGAGCGCGCAAAACUCUUCGACCCAAGCAAAGCUUCCGAUCCCAUGGAACCAGGCAAGCCCUCGCCCGCCCUCCAAAGCUCAGACACGGUCUACUUUGCCGUCACCGACGCCCAGGGGAAUGCUGCCUCUUUUAUCAACUCCAACUAUGCUGGAUUCGGGACAGGCAUCAUCCCGAAAGGAUGCGGCUUCACCCUCCAGAACCGCGGCGCCAAUUUCUCCCUGGAUGAGAAACACCCCAACGUACUCGAGCCGCGCAAGCGUCCUUACCACACAAUCAUCCCUGCGAUGGCGACGAAUGUGUCCGACGGGUCUUUACACUCCGUGUUUGGUGUGAUGGGAGGCUUCAUGCAACCACAAGGACACGUCCAGGUACUGUUGGGCCAAGCACUCGGAGGCCUCAACCCCCAGCAAGCUCUCGAUGCACCAAGGGUGUGCAUCGGCGCUGGUAUGCCCGAGCAUGGUGACGUGUUGGACUGGACUGUCAACGUCGAGGACGGCAUGCCGCAGGAGACCAUUGACGGGCUGAAGAAGCUAGGACACAAGAUCAGUGUUGCGCGUGGGAACGAAAGGUACAUGUUCGGUCGGGGCCAGAUCAUACGCUGGACUGUGGACGAGGUGGAAGGCACAGGCGUAUGGUCGGGCGGUAGCGACAUGCGAGGAGACGGAGGGGCGUAUCCGCUGUAGGGAUAGUCGACAAGAGUCCGUACAUGUAUCGUAUUAUAGUACAUUAUUGUACACCGUAUAAUGUCGCCUCUUUCCAUGCAUAUCCACUGUCCAUCUACUCUGUCUUCUCCUCCUUGCCCUCUUCCACCACGAGCUUCUUCUCCUCAAACAGCUUGGCCAGAUCUCCAUUCUGGUGCAUGCUGACGAGGAUGUCGCAACCACCAACGAACUCCUUCUCGACGUACAGCUGGGGUA